AUGGCUAGUGAAUCAUCUGAGUUCAAACAACCAAUUCAUUUUUUCAAAAUCAUGCUUACUCAAAUUCUUCAUCAAGAAAAGCUCAUGAUACCAAGAAAGUUUGUGAGCAAAUAUGGAGGAUGUCUUCCAAAAGCUAUAUGUCUAAAGACUCCCAAUGGUGCAUAUUGGAAAUUAAGUUUGGUAAAAAGUGAUGGGAAAAUAUGGUUUGAAAAGGGUUGGAAAGAAUUUGAAGAGUAUCAUUCUCUAUCACAUGGCGAUCUUCUAGUUUUCAAAUAUGAAACAACUUCUCAUUUUGAGGUACAAAUCUUUGAUAUGACUGCUACAGAGAUAACAUAUCCUUUCAAAAGAGUUGAAGCCAAUAAUAAAGAAGAUUAUAGAGCAAGUCAAAAGAGACAAGCUUACUCCUCCUUUGAAAUUGGAAGCACUAGUUCUGUCAAAGAUGGGAAAUCACAAAAGGUAGCGGCUGUGCAUCAUACAAACAAAAAGCGCAAAGGAAAACUUGUGAAUAUAACUCUUACAAGAGCAAAAUCUUUCCGAACAUGUAAUCCAUCUUUUGUUGUUGUCAUGCGUGCAUCAUACGUUGAACGCUAUUUUCAAUUGUGUAUACCGUCUGUAUUUGGUAUGAGACACUUUGAUACGGAUAAGAAGAGAGGAUAUAUUUAUUUUCAAGUGUCAAAUAAUGAAAAUGUCUGGCCUGCAAAAUACUUAAUCAAGAUGGGGAGUGCUACAUUAAAAUUUCAAGUCUCAAGUGCUACGUGGAAGAAAUUCUCAAAGGACAAUAAUUUGAAAGUCGGUGAUGUUUGCAACUUUGAGCUUAUUCUUAGUACUACUAUGACAUUUCUUGUUCACAUCUUUAGAGCAUCAGAUAAAGACAACACAGAUUGUUCAACUUCUCAAUGUAGGAUUAAUUAA